AUGAUUUGCUUCCUGAGAAGCUGCCCUCAUGCUACUCUACAAGAGCCGCUGUUUGCUACUGAAAAGGAGAAGCCCAUGUCCAAGGCCUGGCUGGCCUCCCACCUGCACCUCCUCUGCCAGACCUGUGGCUUACCUCCUGAUCGCUACACCACCCAUUCUCUGCGCAUCGGUGCAGCAACAACAGCAGCUGCAUCAACCUCUGUGGCAACGCUGAAAUUAAUGGGCAGAUGGUCCUCAUCGGCUUAUGAACGUUACCUCCGUCCUGGGGCUAAAGACAUUCUGGAAGCUCAAAAAGCAAUGGGUGCCCUAUGA